GUUUGUUGCCUCCUUUUAAGCCCUAAACCCUAAGGAGAGAGAGAGUUUCAAAGGAGAAAAAACAGAGUUCACUGAAACAAGAAUUUGCGAAGAAAAUGGCGAAGUCAAUGAGAUCAAAGAGGGAAAAGAGGCUGAGAUCCAUAAGGAGAGAUAUAGUUGCUACAGAGCCCACUGUUCUUAAGAAAGAAGCUGCUAAAUUGGCUGCCCAAGAAGCUGCCCUUGGUGCUCCUAAGCUUAUUGUUAAGUCUCCUUUCAGCCCCACCACCAUGGAUACUUCUGCCUCUACUUCUAACACCGAUACUAAAAUGGAUGUGGAGAUGGCUGAUGGCAAUGAAAGUGCAAAAUCUUUAAAACCUCUUGGAAAGAAGAUGAAAAAGAAGCUUAAAAUAGCUAAGAAGAAGAAUCAUGGCAAGGGAAAGAUCAGGAGGAAGAAUGUUUGAUUGCAGGCCUUUUGUUCUCUGGUAGCCAUCUUGCUAAGCUGAUAGAUGUCUUGUUUACUUACUUGAAGAUCUUGUUGACAAGUCCCUCCCAUAUCUUACAUUGUAGUAGUAUCUUGGAACUUGAGCACGUGAGUGGAUAUGCAAAUUAUGCUCAUACAAAUUUUGUAUGCUGUCCUUAAGUUCUUGGAUUUAUCCAAAUAGAUCGUCUGUUUAAUUUUCCUUUUUACAGUUCAAUAUUGGCCUUCUCCAAGUGUUAGGAUUUUUAUAUGUUUAAGCAAACUCUAAUGAUGUUCACCGUUGUUUAUUUGAUAGAACAAGGGUGGUAGUACCAUUUACAGUAAUAACACAUUAGAGACUUCUAUUCUCUA